AUGAACUUGGUUGGACGCCGGUUCUCCAAGCUCACCAUGCUGGCAAUGGUGGCAGCGCUCUCCUUCACUACCUCCUACCUCCUGCUGCUGCAGUUCGACCCUCCAGCCUGGCAGCAACCCUUUUUGCCCAGGGUCCAUCUCGCUGCCAGCUCCGCCCCCUGCGCCUCCACCAGGAAGGUCUUCGAAGACGAUGGUCACCAUCCACCCUUCAUCAAAAUCGAAGAGCUGCUCACCACCGCUGGCGACGUCAGCCGCCAGAGGCGUGCGCCCGGGUGUCCUCCCGAGGGCACCCUGUGCCGCCUGGAAGACGUGUUCGACGAGAUCUUCGUCAUCUCCCUGCCGCGCGCCACCGACCGGCUGGCUCGCGUCCGCGCCCAGCUGGCCGCGCUGGGCGUGCCCUACACGCUAGUCCACGCCCUGGAGGGCAAGCUCAUGGCCGGCGCCCACCACCUGGCCAAACUCGUCAUGACCAAUCUGCCCGACCAGCACCCGGGCCUGGCCGGCGUGGGCGUGGUGGUGGCGCCUCGCAACGCCAGCUUUCUCCAUCGGUGGCUGGCCAAGGCGCGCGAUCAGCACCUGGCGGACGACUACCAGUCCCAGGCCGUGGCGCUCCGGCUGGCCGAGCGGCACACCGACGAGGCCAAGCUGCUGUCGCACGCGGCCUUCUAUCCGCGGUCGUCCUCGCCGCACCACCUCAAGGUCGCUUACCAGGCCGACGACUGCGCGUCGGAGCACGAGUCGUUCUCGGUGCACCGGUUCAGCGCCUCGAGACCACCACCACCACCACCACCACCACCAGCAGCAACGGAAGGAGGAGGAGAAGAGAGCGCGGCGGACGAGCUGGAGGCGGUGUGGCUGGGCGAGGGCAGUCUGCAUCGGGUGGCGCGGGCCAUCGUGCGCAAGGCGCUGGCCGGCGGGCGGCUGUGUGCGAUGGCGGAGAGGGAGGUGCGGCGGCUCGAGGCCCAGGGUGGAGCGCCCACGUGCGCUCCUCCUUCCGCUCCGUCGUGA